AUGGAGACAAAGGAAAUCCAUAGCAUCCAAUUUCAACAAGCAUUGGCUGCGCAGUUUGGCAGCGAGGCUUUGCUGGCUCUUCCCAAUGGAACCAUCAUCGACUUGGCCGCUGGCUAUGUGCCGCUUCUUGGACGGUUCACCUUCGAAGACAAGGCUGCCAAAGGGUUACGAAAGCGAAAGGCAGACGAAGAGUCGGAGCCUCCGAUUUACUUCACCGCUCUGGAAUUGGUGCGCGACAAUCAAUUCUUGCUUCUGGCAGGCCCAAGCGGCAGCGGUAAAACGACUUUUGCGAAGCAUCUCUGCUUUCGCUUAGCGAGCGCGGACUUCCACCAUACUCGGCCAGUGGUCCGGAAUGAUCUUGGCCAUGUGCGAGAAGAGAAGUGGGAUUCCGGACCGAUUUUGCCUUACUACUUUACAUUGAACGACCCGAAUCACCCACAGACACUGGUGGACAUCACUAUUCCAAACAUCAUCCAGGCAGCCUCAACCGAGAAAAUUGAUUUGCUGUUUGCAAUCGAUGCAAUCAAUAGGGCGGGUGAAACUGCCCCACGCCUUUUGCAACAGCUCGUGUCACUAUUUUGCGGACACAAGAACCAUAGGCUCGUCUUGCUCGGGGUUCCAGACAUCUGCGACCGUUGGGCUUUGCCGCCCAACAUCGCCAGGCACAAUUUGUUACCAAUGUUGGAGCUUCACAGACGACAAGCCGUUGCGAGGCAUCUAGGGCCCGCGCCACCGGAAGCACCGAUCGCAACGGGCGUUGCUGCAAAGAACCCGGCCUUGUUUGCGCUUGCUCUACAGGCGAGACAUUGUGGCGAGCAGGCCGAAGACCUCCUUGAUUCAUGGCUUUCGGUCACCUUUCCGCGACCCAGCCCCGUUCAAGAGCUCGCCGAAGCUGCAUGGAACCGUAUAUGUCAUGUUCAAGCCCCGCGAGAGACGGUUAAGCUUGGCUCAAUCGCGUCAAUCAACAACCCAGCGAUAGACUGUACCGCUGUUCAGCACUUGCUAGCUGCUCGGCAUCUGGCAGGUCUACCUUUACAUGUCGCCGUUGAACUAUUCCGCCUUCAACCUCAAGCUUACGCACCCGUCAUAAAGAGCUGUCUGUUUCGCUUGGCUUCCUCUGGUUGCUCGGAUGGCCUCGUUGAAGGUCUUCUUGACGGCUUGCCUACCCAAAGUCAACGUGGCGCCCUGCUUGUAGCCGAUGUUGUUGGAAAAGCUCGUGGGUUCCAAGACAAGAUUAUCAAUACGAUGCUGGAUAUCAUCACGCAAGGGACUUUGUCAGCAACCGAUCGAGACAAAGCUGGCCGUAUUCUUUCUCGGUUCGGCGGCCCACGAGACUUGACAUCGCUUGCAGAAAUCCCUUCAGGAAGUUUUGUCAUGGGAUCUCAAAGUCACCCGAACUCGCAGCCUCUAGGGGAGAUAUCUCUGGAAAGAUUCCGCAUUGGUGUAUAUCCCGUCGCUGUCAGAGAUUGUUCUGCCUUUGUCCGAGAAACAGGCCGAGAUUGGGUGAGCCGGGGCGGCGCAGACCCCGAUAGACUGAAUACACCAGCGACGGACCUCACAUGGCACGACGCGAGAGGGUAUUGCUCCUGGUUGACCCAGCAUUGGCGUAAGAUCGGCAAAAUAGGCUCUCAUGAGAAAGUCCGCCUUCCGACGGAACCGGAGUGGGAACGUGCAGCUAGAGGUGGCCAAACUGGAACCGGGAGUGAGGCGCUGGUUUACCCUUGGGGUACGACUUGGGAAGAUGACGCGGCGAACAGCGAGGCAACAGAUCUAAACGCGACAUGCGCGGUUGGUCUAUUUCCAAAAGGUCGCUCCCUUACGGCUGCUUUGACAUGGCUGGUCAGGUCUGGGAAUGGUGUUCGACCCUUUGGGGCGAGGACAUGGCCACCCCGUCCUUCCGAUACCCAUGGCAAGACGACGACAGAGAAGCACCAGACGCACCUCAUUACAUCCGGCGCGUGCUGCGUGGAGGAUGCUUCUCGAGUCCAGGGAUCAAGGCCAACUGUACAUAUCGUGGCAGUCUGGAACCAUCAGGAUUUUGGCGCAGAAACGGCUUUCGGAUCGUCGUUGCUCCGGUAG